UCGCGACGUCCCCGGGGCCGACUACGGAGCGCAGGCGAGCAGCCGGGCGGGUGGCGCGGCGCGGGCCCGCGGAAAGCGUAUUCUGGGCACGGGGCGCCGGGCCAGGCCGGCCGCGCCAGGCGGCAGUAGUGGGAGGCAGCCCAAGGCCUCGCGCGGCGCCGCCCGUCGAGGGGCGGGCGGCGGCAGACCGACCGGGCCGUCGAAGGGCUCAGGAGGACGGUGGGCCGGGUCGGGCCGCGCGGCGCAGCCAUGCCUGGCUUUACGUGUUGCGUACCGGGCUGCUACAACAACUCGCACCGGGACAAGGCGCUUCACUUCUACACGUUUCCCAAGGACGCUGAGCUGCGGCGCCUCUGGCUUAAGAACGUGUCCCGUGCGGGCGUCAGUGGGUGCUUCUCCACCUUCCAGCCCACCACGGGCCACCGUCUCUGCAGCGUCCACUUCCAGGGCGGCCGCAAGACCUACACCGUGCGCGUCCCCACCAUCUUCCCGCUGCGUGGCGUCAAUGAGCGCAAAGUAGCGCGCAGACCCGCGGCCGCCGCAGCCGCAGCCGCACGCCGCAGGCAGCAGCAACAACAGCCGCCGCCGCCGCCGCCGCCUGUCUCCACUGCCCAGACCGCCCAGCUGCAGCCAAACCUGGUGUCUGCCUCCGCGGCUGUGCUCCUUACCCUUCAGGCCGCUGUAGACAGCAGCCAGGCUCCGGGAUCCGUGCCGCCGGCGCCCAACACUGCCACCGGCGAAGACGUGAAGCCCAUUGACCUGACUGUGCAAGUGGAGUUCGCGGCCGCAGAGGGCGCAGCAGCUGCCGCCGCCGCGUCAGAGCUGGAGGCUGCAACCGCGGGGCUGGAGGCUGCCGAGUGCCCCAUGGGCCCCCAGUUGGUGGUAGUGGGAGAAGAGGGUUUCCCUGAUACUGGCUCCGACCACUCGUACUCGUUGUCGUCAGGCACCACGGAGGAGGAGCUCCUGCGCAAGCUGAACGAACAGCGGGACAUCCUGGCGCUGAUGGAGGUGAAGAUGAAGGAGAUGAAGGGCAGCAUCCGCCACCUGCGUCUCACCGAGGCCAAGCUACGUGAAGAACUACGCGAGAAGGAUCGGCUGCUGGCCAUGGCUGUCAUCCGCAAGAAACACGGAAUGUGAACGGGUUCCCCUGCGGCCUGUGGGACUCCCUGAAACCUGCCAGCCUAGGGGGAUCAUAGGGCGCAACUGUUAAACUACCCCGUACUCUUGGGGCACUCGUUGAUAGUACUGAGGCUUACAGCAGCUGGACUCUCUUGCUGGUGACCUGGCACCCUCUCUUGUUUUCUCCUGAAGUCUGGGACCUCAGACUCUGCACUGGUGACACCAGCAAUUAUGACUUUGUUAACCCUCCCACUCCCAACUCACCCCCACUUUAUGUUGCAGGUUCUGGCUAAGCAGAGGCUCCAGAACUACUGAACUUGAAACUUACCCCACCACACACCCGAAGGAUGCAGGUGGGAUGCCCAAGGACUAUGGGUUUGGGAAGAUACCACCUUAAGGUUGGCCAGCAGUCAGAGACAACUCUUCUGCAUAUAGUAAUAAGAGAUCCAAGUAACAUCAGUUCUUCUUUUCGUGCUUUUCCUUCCCACGUGCAGCCUGUGAGUCUGAUGGGGACUCUGGCAGAUCUGUGCCUCUGCCUACUAGGACUUUCCUCCCCAGGAGGCCAUCUGCAGGGGGAUCUAGGUGACCUGCUGAUGGAGAUCCAGCUUGCCAGGGACUUAGGUUUAUCCUGUUAAGUUUGCUACUGGUUACAAAUUCUAUUUUCUGUACAAUUAGACUAAAGUUUUCACUGUGUUUGUUUGGCAAAACAAAUUAAACAGAAAGUAAGGUUUUAA